AUGCGAGUUGAGCAGAGACACACAUACUAUCUGUACGAAAUGGGCCAUAGCCCUGAUCGAGUCACGCUUGGUCACCUUGUUCAUGGCAACUACGCGAUGCCCACAAAGUCGCUGCAUUACUCAGCUCCUCGCAUGAGAACAUUGAGACGGCUGAUCACCCUCAGUCGGGAAGAGCUCGAGUCGUGGGCCGAAAUCCGUGACGUGAGAGGCGAGUACGGUCAGACAGACAAAACAAAUUACGGGAUCGAGGUGAACGUCUUUGGUGCCGGAAACUUUGGGGUUGGAUUCGUAACCGAGAGCGGCAAGGCGAUCAUUGCAGAGAAAGGUCGCCGGAUUGAGUUACUCGAAUUCUUUGAAACGAAGAUCCUGACGGACGAGAAAGCAAUGGAGAAGCUCAGAACCUGGCUUUCAGUGAGAAGAAGCAAAUAUAUCUUGAAAAAGGCUGGGGGCCUUCGAAAACCAGAGAUAUGGUGUCUCACCGGGUUCUACGAGCUCGAAAAUGCGAAAAGCUGCGUGGUACAUAAGAAAAGCCCCUCGAUCCGAGUUGGCAUCGACUCAGCCGCCGUGGCAGCUAUUUGUGGAGCCCCAGUAGGAUGUUCUGUCGAUGUAGGCGCCAGCUCAACCAUAACCUCCGUAUCAGAACAUCCUGGAAAGUUCAUUUGGGCCGCGCAGUUCCAGCUCCUAACUGCCAGAUACACAUGCACCAGGAAUUGUAAACCUACAACGAUAUCGCCCCGCGAGAUUCAACUCUAUCCGGACACUUCGUACUCUAUCGGCGUCCUCCUUGGGGAUGAAGAUGAGACGGAUGUUGCUGGGUUGGAGAUGCAAACGGUCAGUAAAUCGGGUCCACCGCAGGACGAUUUAGAUGAGGCCUAUUGGGAGGCUUAUGACAAAGCUGAGCAGAGAAUCAUGGAAGACAUGGAGGACCACUAA